CUCAGAACUACUCUCACCAUGUCAGGAAGAGGAAAGACCGGUGGAAAAGCCAGAGCUAAGGCUAAGACUCGAUCUUCCCGUGCCGGGCUUCAGUUCCCCGUGGGUCGUGUCCACAGGCUGCUCCGUAAAGGAAACUAUGCUGAGCGUGUUGGAGCUGGAGCCCCCGUCUACCUGGCGGCUGUGCUCGAGUAUCUGACCGCUGAGAUCCUGGAGCUGGCUGGAAACGCUGCCCGCGACAACAAGAAGACCAGGAUCAUCCCCCGUCAUCUGCAGCUGGCUGUCCGCAACGACGAGGAGCUCAACAAGCUGCUGGGAGGAGUCACCAUCGCUCAGGGUGGUGUGCUGCCCAACAUCCAGGCUGUCUUGCUGCCUAAGAAGACCGAGAAAGCCGCUAAAAAGUGUAAACUGCAGUCAAAUGUGAUGAAGCUGUUUGGUCGAGGCUGAAGGUUGGGUAACCAUGACGACC